AUGUCGCUGCACGUCCGUCCGCCGUCGCGGAUGCCCUCCACACUGCCCAUGUCGUGCGACACGGCCGCGCACGAGACCAUUCAGUGGGCGCUCCUCAAGGAGAAGCACUACACGGCCGUGCGCAAUCCGCGCUACUUGUCGCAGAUCCAGCACGACGGCAUGACGGCCACGUGGCGGCUCCGGGUCUGUCGCUGGAUGUUUGAGACCGCGCGGGAGUUUGACCUGCAAAUGGACACAGUGUUCACAGCGCUGCACUUCCUCGACCAGUACCUCAGUGUCCACUCGGUCGACCGCGUCACGCUGCAGCUCCUGAGCAUGAUCUGCAUGUGGACAGCCAGCAAGAUGCACGAGGGCCGACCCAUUCUCCUCGAAGAGAUGGCGCUCAUGUGCGAGCGCAAGUUCUCUCGAGGCCAAAUGGUCGACGCCGAAGCGCAGCUCGUGCGGCUUGUCCAGUUCCAGUUCAACCCGCCAAACGUCUUCACCAUGGCGAGGGACUUUGUCUCGGAGCUCCCGUUCGGGGACGACAAGGACCGACGGGCCAACUGCGUCGCCUCCGUCUUCAACGUCCUCGAGCGCGUGGCGGAGGACAUGUCGCUGCUCGACUGCUCUGUCUCUAGUCUUGCCAAAGCCGCAGUGCAGCUCGUGGCCAAGUCCGAGUACAACCUCUCGAUCGCACAGCUGCUCAAGGCGCUCAAGCUCGUGAAGGUCGAGGAAGACGCUUACCGCACAGCCUUCAAAAUUGUGCGGGGCGCCUACUUUGGCACGUCUGUCGUCUCGCCAAAGCCUCCGACGCCACGAAUUGUCACGAACCCCGAGGUGUUGGAGCCCAUUAAGUCUCUCACGCAAAGCCCUACGGCGAUCGAACAAGUGCCGCACUUCCACGAUGACGGAGUAGCGUCGUCAUUUGCCACCGUCAGUGGCCUGGUCGACUCGGAUCUCGUUUGCACCGAGACGCUGUCUCCGUCGCCGUCCCAAGCACCUCCUGCGCCCGUGCGAUCGGCUGCGUCGACCUCAUCGACUUCGUCGACUAUUGGUGUCCCUCGGACUGCGUCGACCUCAUCGACUUCGUCGACUAUUGGUGUCCCUCGGACUGCGUCAUCACCUGCGCGGUCCGACGUGUCCGACACCGAGCGACCUAACAAGCGUCAGCGCAAGCUGAGCAUGUAG